GCUGCCAGCUCUUCAUCCAACUCGCUGGUUCAGGAUCGUCGUUGAUCCCCACAGUUGCAGCUGGCUUCAUUGUUGAGAUAUAGCGCCGUGCCGUUAACCCGCAGUUGGUGUACUGCACGCUUUAUUUAGAACGAAACACUUCACAGUGCAACGCGGUGCAUCUUGAUGCAUCUAGUUUCGAUUGAGUGCUUCGACGUCCUACAUCUGCAUUCCACUUCGAAUAUUUCAACUCCAUCGAGAAAUUCUUGGGACAGAGUGUACGCUUUAGAGAUCCCGUGUGUAAACCAUCAUUUUGAAUUCGUCGAUAGCGUUUAAGUGUAGGACACAUUCGGCGCUGUGUACCAGGCAAGUUUCCUAGAUACUCGAAAUGCUUUGGUUGCGUAGCCGAUUCACUGUCUCAAAGUCGCCAUAGUCAUCAAUUAUGAAGUUCCUUUAGCACCUUGUCUAGCUUUCAUACAGUUCUGAGUCGGAGGAAUUGACGACUCUAGAGUGAACCGAUCUUGAACCCUGGUGGACACAUUUAGAAUUUUGGACAAGACGAAGGUGGUUCAGGAUGUGGGAUCUUUUGAAUGUAUCCAUUCCUGCGGUGGCAUUGGUACCUCUGAUGGCCAUUACGUUCGUGGCCUGGUUCUUCCUUCAACAGAAUGCUAAAUCGAGUGACAUCCGCAAGGCAGAAUUUCGUAGGCUCCAGCGGUUGGCAAUGGAAGAGCACGAAAGGGCCGAAAGAGAGUUGGAGAACGAGUACAUGCGGCACAGUCAGGUUGACUCUCGUAAAGGAAAUGUAAGCUUCCGUGGCGAAGGUGCGCCAGCACACGGAUAUGGAAUCUCUCGCGUUGAUCGUUAUGAUGUAGGUCGUGGGGAUUGGAGGGAUUCCGAAGCUGAAUCUCGUAGUAAGAACCAAGCUGAAAAGGUUGAGUAUACCCGAAGAAACGUAUUCGAGGAGGACUCGAGAAGGACUCAACCCGAGACUGAAGAUUGUAAACGCAGAGAAUUUUGUGAAGACACGAGGACGAGACAAACAGAAGAGGAGGUGGAAUGGCAGAGAAGAAAAGCAGACCUCGAAGCGCAGGCCAAGAGGGAGGCAGAGGAGGAAAGCAAGAGACGAGCGUCGGCUGAUGAUGAGAAAAUGUGGGAGGAGCAAGAAUCACAAGAGUCUCCAAGACAUGCACAAUCUGUGCCGAACCUUAACUGUAUAGUCUGUCAGAAGCCUACAAAGAGGCGAUGCUCAAGGUGUAAGAGUAUUAGCUACUGCUCUCGAGAAUGUCAAGUAAAGCAUUGGAGCGAGGAACACAAGUUUCAGUGCCAGCCGCUUGACGCCGGCACCAGUCCUAGAAGCUCCGUCGAUGAUGACACUGAAUGAUGUACUAGUCCCAGCAGCAUCCACGGUACAAUUGCACUCUUACAUGUUCUGCUCGAUGAAGUAAUCCGUAGUUCUUAAUAGUUUCUUGCGAAGGGUGAGCCGCCACUAUUGUCGUUUCAACAGUUUUCAGCAACAUCGCACCUCCUGGCCUAGAUGGCUUCAAUUCGUCCCUUCACAUUUGCAGUGUUUUUAGGAAGGCAUGUUGGGAGUCAUGGCUGGGGAUAUCGAGCUGAUCAAGAGUCUCAUUUUUCACAAGAGAGUCUUCCAAAUAGCGUAGCCCUGGGAAUUCAAUGACUCGAGAAUGAGGUUACACUGCGAUGUUUUAAUAAGCGCAGGAUAUUUUUUACUGGAGGGGGUUCAUGUAAUUCAAGUCUGAUUGGACCUAUGACCUUCAGCCCUCUGGAUCGAAACCUUAGGAACCGUCUUUGGGAGUAACCCCAGUUGUGUGUGCCUGGCAAUGUCUGAAGAGUAGCGCAAUUUGAAGUUAUAGAUGAUUAUGUUGCAUACCGAGAUAGACCGGAGUUAAUGUGUACAGAGUUGAGGUGGUUGUAUUCUUGUAAAUCCUGGAUUGCUACACGAUAGCGUGCCAGCGUACAAUCAGAAUCCAAUUGAAAGGCAUGCUGAAAUGCUUCUGGGUUAUGUGGUCAUAAGCAUCGUUUAAGCAAGUUGGACUGUUCAUGCACUAAACAAUUUCAACUUUCAUAAGUGCGGAUCAAAUUUGUUAACAACUGCUACGAAUAAUAUUAUGUUUGUCUACAGACCGACCAUUA